CCCUAGGCUCUCUUUAUCACUAGCCGUGUAUCAUAUGCGCUCUUCUUUACUCACAUUCACUGCUGUCAUCAACCUGUUAUUGCUUGCCGUGGAUGCCGCACCGACACGUCAGCCCAGACCAAUUUCCGUUCCACUAAAACGAGGGCUCAGCCCCUCACUUACCAAGAGGGGAGCAGCAUCGCAUCCUUUAUGGAAUUUUGCACCUUUAGGGUAUAUCAUUGAUGUUAAUGUUGGUACUCCAUCUCAAACUUUUACCGUCCUUAUCGACACCGGCUCUGCUGAUUUAUGGAUACCCUCCAGUUCCUGUACCAAAGAAACUGGAUGUCUCGGAAAAACUUUCGAUGCUUCACAAUCGUCUACUUUCAAAAACACGUCGGAACCUUUCGACAUCGUAUACGGUAGUGGGUCCGAUAACGGCACUUAUGUCACUGAUGUAGUUAGAAUUGGCGACUUCGCCGUCAAUGAUCAGACACUAGCCCUUGUUUAUGACGCCGGUAAUACUACUAAACAAGCAAGAUCUACGCCGUACAUGGAUGGUAUUCUGGGCAUGGCUUGGGAUACUGGUGUCUAUGGAGCUUUACACAACUAUACCUAUCCUCCUUUCAUCUAUAACCUCUACUCAACCGGUCAAAUCCCUACUUUAUCCUUUGGUUUGCACCUUGGCGGUCUCUACUCACAAGGGUACGCUGGUACUGUCACUUUCGGAGGCAUUGAUUCCUCGCAGUUUACUGGAGAUCUCCAGUAUAUCCCGGCUCAACAAGAAAACUUCCAUGGCACUACUUCCUACGUACACUGGACUGUUUAUGUAGAUUCAUUGAAGUUGCAGAGUGCCAAUACAACUUAUGGGUUCCCCAGUGGUCCUGCGCUAGUUGCUCUCGAUAGUGGUUCUAGUUUUGCUUACCUCCCAAGGUCCAUGGUGGAAGGGAUCCUUCAUAACAUUGCAGGCACUGACUAUCAGCCAAUCACCAACUCAACCUUCCAAGUUGAAUGUGCGCUGCUUAAUUCUACUGAAGUUGUUGAGGUCACUUUCCCUGGUGCAGGCAAUAGCCCCCCUGUAAUAUUGCAAGCUGCCGUCAAGGAUAUGAUUAUUCCUGAAACAGACGGAAUUAAUAAUGAGUGUCUACUUGGAAUCUCUGCUCAAGACCAGAACUCACUUUACAUUUUUGGCGAUGCUUUCCUACGAAGCUGGUACCUGAAUUUUGAUUUCACAAACAAGCAAGUUGGCCUUGCUCAAGCUGUGAACAGAGAUGACCCACAGUUUAGUUUCGAUGUGAAUAACCUUGUAUAGACUCCUUAUUUUUAUUCAUGUAUUGUAUACUGUUCGCUUUAAACGAAAAAUCAUCAUACCAGUUUUCUUUAUUUCGCCUAUUGAUAUGAAUAGCGUAUGGGACGUUGUAAGGCGAUUUAUCAAUGAUCGUGCGUUAAAAAAAGUUCUGAUCACAGUUGUUGGUAGCGCGGUCUCAAAACCAAACAAUCCUGAUAAAAGAG